AUGGUCAGAAAAGAGGAUAAAGGCUCCUUUGAAUUAACUAUUGUUUGUGAUAAUAAAUGGAAUAUUAUUCCUUUACCGUCAUUAAAAGCCUUUGAACGUCCAAAACAACUUUAUGAAGCUAUGGAAUUUAUGAAAACAAUUGAAAAGGAAAGAAUUGAAGAAGCUCGUUCUGAAAUAAUCCAAAAAUGUUCAAAUAAUUUAAUUGCUAAUUUUAAUACAAUUGCCCAACAAUCAUCACAAAUAACACUAUUUUGUGCCUUUGAAAGUGAUAUUCGAAAAAGAGAUUUCUUGACAGAAAAAUUAAAUAAAGCAAUAAAUAUUGAAAGAAUUGCACCUUUCUUCGCAACAGAAUUUAUUUCAGAAAAUGUGAAUCUCAGUUUGAGUAUUGGAGCUUCUGGACGUCUUUUCGUAGCUCCGGAUGUAUUUAAAAUAUUAAAUGAAAGAAGAGAAUCACACGGACAUCAAUUCAAUACAAUAGCCCAACAAAUGUCUCAAUUAACCCAACAUGUUCAUUUGGAGAGAAAAGAAUAUGAAAAUUCACAAUUUAGUGUUGAAUCUAGACCUAUUAGAUUACCGAGAAUUGAUAUGAUUCGUCAGAAUAUUCGUGAAUUUUCUACUCAAGAUGAACAUUGUUCUGUUUUAAUGGAACAUAGAAGCGUUAUGGGAGAACAAACAACUGCAGAUUGGGGACAUUCUGUUUCAGGUUCCGAGCUUCGUUUUCAUUGGUCGGCCCCUCCGCCCGGCCUAGAGGAGCGGCCGCCGCCGCUUCCUCCGCCUCUCUCGCCUCGCGCUGUUUCUCCCCUCGAAAGUGUUUUUGUUCACCAAAGCACCAGCACCACAAUUCACGAAUCUGAGAAACAACGUUUUGCUGUGUCCCAUUUUGUGGCACUUCCAACAACAAAAGAAAGCGAUGCGCGUUUGGCUGAAUCAAUUAAAGCGAGCGCAACUUGGGUAGAAUCUUUACCUGAACCACAACCAAUACCCUCUAUUUCGACAUUUGAACAACAAAAGAAAAUAGCCCAAAGAGAUAUUCAAGUUGAAGGACCUCCAAAAAGAGCUAAAUCUAUUCAAUUAGAGCAGCCUUGGAGAGAAGAUAGAACAAUUCAAGUAAUUGAAACAAUUCAAAAGCCUCAAUUACUUGGUGCAUUUGUACAAACUGAACAAAAAGAAAUGAUCGGGAAGUCAACACAAAUGGAAGAUAAACCAAAGAAAGGGCAACAAUCUGUCCAAGCAUUACCUCAACCUAAACAAAUUCGUUCAGUUCAAACUUUAAAAGAAGAACAAAUAAAAUAUACUCAAUCUGAAAAGCCUUUAAUUGGAGAAAAAACUAUAGGAGUAGAAUUACCUUCUUUGGGUGAUAAGUCAAUACAAGUACUUAAAACAGAACAAUUUGAAAGAAUUUCUCAAACAGAAGUUAAAAUAACAGAAACAAAAGAAGUUCAAGCAAGACAAGAAUUAAAUAAAAGGGAAGUACAAACUGUUGAAAUUAAACAAGAAAAUAAAGAUGAUGCCUCUCAAACAGAAGAAAUGAUAAAAAAGGGAGGAAGAACAAUUGGUGUAAAUCUUCCUUCUCUUACUGCUCGAACAACACAAGCACAGAGAAUAGAGCAACAAUUAAUGGCUAUACAAACACAAGAAGUUCCAACAGGUUCAAAAACUGUUGAAGUAGAACAACCAAAAAUUGAACUUCCAAAGAGAAGAGCACAAUCAGUACAAUCAGAAAGGGCACAAAAAGGUGCCAAAUCAAUACAGGGACAGCCUGAAAUGUUAUCUAAAGAUUUACAAUCACCGAGGGCAAGUACUGAAGAGAGGACAAUACAAACAGUAGAAAUGCCUAAAACAGAAGUUCGAGCAGUUCAAUCAGAAGUUGAAAUACGCCAAAUACAUUCAUUCCAAACGCGUCCAGAAUUUGGAUUAAAAACAAGUGAAACUGAUUUAACACAACUAAAAGAAGAGGAAACACAAUCAGAAAUAACAAAAAUUACUGACCGUACAGUUCAAUCAGUACAAAAAGAAGAGCAAACAAAAGAAACACAAACUAAACCAUCAUUAGGAGGGAAAGAAUUUCAAACAGAAAAGGAAAUAGUAGAAAUCUGA